GAGAGAGAGAGAGAGAUUUUGUGUUUGUUUUGGUAGGCGCGUGUAGCUCUCCUUGAUAUGGCACCCAUUUCUCUACAUAUCUCAAUGCCUUUGUGACCAAAGAAGGAAGAAAUAAAGAAUACAGGUAGUUUGGUUCCCCCUGAAGUCCCGCUCCACAUACACCAUGCGCUUCCAGCGGCUCCUGCAAAUGCGCAGAUUAGCGACCACCGCCCCCCUGCUGCGUCCGCCCACACAGACGAAAACGACCGUAAGGACGAUGGCGGGCAGCGGGGCGCCGAUGCCGGAGCUCACACAGAUCACGGACAAUGUGCAACGUGGCAACUAUGCCGCUCUGAGCGACAAGGAUGUGACCCACUUUGAGAAGCUGCUGGGCAAGAAUCAUGUCCUUACCGAAGAUCUGGAGGGAUACAACAUUUGCUUUCUCAAGCGGAUACGUGGCAACAGCAAGCUGGUCCUGAAGCCCGGCAACACUGAGGAAGUAGCCGCCAUUCUGAGGCACUGCAACGAACGGAAGCUGGCCGUGGUGCCCCAGGGCGGCAAUACGGGACUGGUGGGCGGGUCGGUGCCCAUCUGUGACGAGAUUGUGUUGUCCCUUCAGCGGCUGAACAAGGUGCUGUCUGUGGACGAGGUCACGGGCAUUGCGGUCGUCGAGUCGGGCUGCAUUCUGGAGAACUUCGACCAGCGGGCCAGGGACGUGGGUCUGACGGUACCGCUGGACCUGGGUGCCAAGGCCAGCUGCCACAUCGGUGGAAAUGUGUCGACGAAUGCGGGCGGAGUGCGUGUGGUGAGGUACGGUAACCUGCACGGCUCUGUGCUGGGCGUGGAGGCUGUGCUGGCCAACGGCCAGGUGCUCGACUUGAUGUCGAACUUUAAGAAGGACAAUACGGGAUACCAUAUGAAGCACCUGUUCAUCGGGUCCGAGGGCACGCUGGGAGUGAUCACGAAGCUUUCGAUGCUGUGUCCACACUCCUCGAAGGCCGUCAACGUGGCCUUCAUCGGGCUCAACUCGUUCGAUGACGUCCUCAAAACGUUCGUCAGCGCCAAGCGUAACCUUGGGGAGAUCCUCAGCUCCUGCGAGCUGAUAGACGAGCGAGCCCUGAACACGGCUCUACAGCAGUUCAAGUUCCUCAACGCCCCCAUCUCGGGCUUUCCCUUUUACAUGCUAAUCGAGACCUCGGGCAGCAACGGCGACCACGACGAGGAGAAGAUCAAUCAGUUUAUCGGCGAUGGUAUGGAGAGGGGUGAAAUCCAGGACGGCACUGUCACCGGCGAUCCCGGCAAGGUGCAGGAGAUCUGGAAGAUACGCGAAAUGGUACCCUUGGGGCUUAUCGAGAAGAGCUUUUGCUUCAAGUACGACAUCUCCCUGCCACUGCGCGAUUUCUACAACAUCGUGGACGUGAUGCGGGAGCGCUGCGGCUCCCUGGCCACCAUCGUGUGCGGCUACGGCCACCUGGGCGACUCCAACCUGCAUCUGAAUGUCUCCUGCGAAGAGUUCAACGACGAGAUCUACAAGCGUGUCGAACCCUUCGUCUACGAGUACACCUCCAAGCUGAAGGGCAGCAUUAGUGCCGAGCAUGGCAUAGGCUUCCUCAAGAAGGACUAUCUACAUUACUCGAAGAAUGUGGUGGCCAUCGACUGGAUGCGCGAAAUGAAGAAGCUCCUUGACCCUAACGGCAUUCUUAACCCGUACAAGGUUCUCAACUAAGCUGUGCACCGAAAUAAAGUGAUAGAUAAAGAUACCAUCUCAAAAAUCCCCUUUCUUUGUGCUAAUUUUUUUUGUUAAUUGUAAUUUGUAAUCCGUGUAAAGUAUACUUAAUAAAAUGUGAAAAAGAUCA